AUGCCUCGAGAUCCGCUCAUCGGGCUGGUGGGAAAGGGGCAUACAGCCAUCAAGUGGAAAGUCGACAACAUUGAACAGUUUGACCGACGCAACUUCAAAAGUUGCUUCACAACCAUUGAUCCCCAACGAGCAAUUGGAUAUCUCCAGAUUGAAUGUCCAUGCGUGCGACACAAUGUUUCAGAUCGGUGCCAGCCCAACUACGGUGGUUGUCACGAAGGGCGACGCUCCGUUCCCAUUGAGUUGCUAGAUGUUGCUGGUCUUGUGCCAGGUGCGCAUCAGGGUCGCGGACUUGGUAACAAAUUCUUGGAUGAUUUGCGUCAUGCCGAUGCUCUGAUUCAUGUGGUGGACGUGAGUGGAACCACGGAUGCUGAAGGCAAGGCUACUCGAGGAUAUGAUCCGUCAGUGGACAUUGAGUGGUUGCGAUCGGAGGUCGUGCGCUGGGUGCAAGGAAACUUGAUGGAAAAGUGGGGAUCUAUUAAGCGAAGGCACGUUGCAAUUAAGUCAAACGCCGUGGACACAUUACAAAAACAAUUCGCUGGUUACGGAAGUACCUCGCAGACAGUUGCGCGCUGUCUUGAUAAGACUGGCAUCAAAGAGCCUUUGGAAGAGUGGUCAGAUGAAACAGUAGAGGUCGUCGUCAAUGCAUUUAUUGACGAAAAGUUCCCUACGGUGUUUGCCUUGAACAAGAUCGACCAUCCCGAUGCAGACAAGAACAUUAGCAAAAUUGCCAAGAUGCAAGAUCCUCAAAGCAUUGUGCUUUGCUCUGCUAUAUCCGAAGUCUUCCUCCGCAGACUGGCGAAGCAGGAGUACAUCAAAUACGUCGAAGGGAGUGAGUUUGUGGAUACACGAGAAGAUUUGAUUGAAAUGGGCGAGCCAGAUGGUGGUGGCCUCAAAGAGAUGGACGAGAAAUUGAAGACCCGGGUUGAGAACCUGAAAGAUAUGGUGUUGUACCGAUUUGGAUCGACUGGAGUUGUCCAGUGUCUUUCUCGAGCAGCAGAGCUCCUGGGCCUCGUACCAGUGUUCCCGGUUCGAAACGUCCAAACGUUCAGCUCUGGAAAUGGAACUGCCGUGUUCCGUGACUGCGUUUUGGUCAAGAAAAACAGUACAGUCGGUGAUGUUGCCCGCAAGGUGAUGGGUGAUGUGCCUAUCAACUAUGUUGAAGGAGUUGGCGGAACCCGAGUCUCUGAGGAGGAUAUUGUCGCAGUCGGGAAACACGACAUUCUCUCGUUCAAGGUUGGUCGAUAG